AUGAUUGGACUUUCUUCAGUAUUUGCCGCGGCGGCAUUGGCCAUUCAGGCCAUAUCUGCGCAGGAAGUCUAUGAUUACAUUGUGGUUGGAAGUGGCCCUGGUGGAGGGCCUCUGGCUUGUAACUUGGCCAGGGCCGGCUACAAGACACUUCUUCUCGAGGCGGGCGACGAUCACGGAGAUGACCCCAUUUGGAACACCCUGGCCAACAACUAUGCCGCCCUCAACAGUCCGUUAGCUCGCUGGGACUUCUUUGUCCAGCACUCAGAGAACCCUGGGCAUCAGGCCCGAUACGAGAGACAGACAUACCGUACGACCAACGGGUCCUUUUACACUGGUCUUGACCCUCCGGCCGGCGCUGAGAGGCUUGGCAUAUGGUACCCGCGCGGCACUUCCUUGGGCGGCUGCUCCAUGAACAAUGCGGGCAUCUCCACUUUGCCACCAGACGCCGACUGGGAGAUUGUUGUGAACCGUACGGGGGACCAGACUUGGACGCCUGAGAAUAUGCGCCGGCAUUUCAUCAACAUUGAGAGAAACGAGUGGCUUCCGCGUGGCACCCCGGGACAUGGAUUCGACGGAUGGCUACGCAUCAACUCACGGAACAACUCGUGGACACAACAGCCUAACAACGUUCUGCGCAUCAUGCAUGGUCUAGCUAACGCUACAGACCAAGACGCAGACAGCAUCCCCGGGUUGGUCGUCAGAGAUGUCAACGCACUGGACCCUAAUCGCGACCAGGAGCUGGGGUUCUUCGGGAUGAGCUUACACAUGGACACCAAUGGUCGCCGUUCGGGCUCUAACACCUACAUUCGUGACACCUUGAGCGAUCCGGCAAACUAUCCCCUCACGGUCCAGCUUAACAGCCUCGUCACCAGAGUUCUUUUCGACAAAAGCGGUCCUGUCCCAGUCGCCAACGGGGUGGAAGUCCUAAGAGGCCAGGCCGUGUACCGCGCAGACCCUCGGUGGACAAAGCAAAACCAGGGUAGGUUGACGCGUAUCACGGCCAAGCGAGAAGUCAUCGUAUCGGGCGGUACCUUCAACAUUCCUCAGAUUCUCAAGCAUUCCGGCGUCGGUCCUGCGGCAGAGUUGGAGCAAUUCGGCAUUAAGGUGGUGAAAGAUCUCCCAGGAGUCGGCGAGAACAUGGCUGAGAACUAUGAAGCCGGUGUUCUGGGGCUCGCGAACGACGAUAUCAACCGUAAUGCCUUUCAGACCGGCCUACUCCUCAAGACGCCUACAGAGACGAAUGACCGGAACAUCCAUGCCUGGUGUGGCGCUUUCGCUCUCGAAGGUUUCUGGCCUGGAAUGCCAAACAACUAUGGUCCCAGGCAGUACAUGUGCGCCAUGGCGCACAUGCAGCCCAGAUCCCGCGCCGGCAGCGUUAGAUUGAGGUCGGCAGACCCGACGGAUACUCCUGAGAUCAACUUCCGUUUCUGGGAGGUUGGUGGUGAAGAGGACUUGAUAGAGCUGGUCGACGCCGUCAAUAUCAUGCGGAGAGGUUUUCAGGCAGCUGGCGCUCCCGUUACGCCAUGGAACGAAUUGCAUCCUUGCCACGGUGAUGCUACCAACUGCACCGACGAGGAACAACUCGAUUACUUCCGAUACCAGUCUUUUGGCCACCAUGCUACCUCGACCUGCGCCAUUGGAGCCGCUGACGAUCCCAUGGCUGUCGUGGAUAGCAAGUUCCGGGUUCAUGGCAUCAAGAACCUCAGAGUCGUUGACGCGUCGGUCUUCCCGCAUGUCCCAGGCGCAUUCCCCGUCUUGCCGACGUUCAUCAUCUCGGACAAGGCUUCGCAGGAUAUCAAGGCUGCUCGUGGUGCCUAA